AGGAGCAGAUAGCAGCCAUUGCUGUGUCUGGCAGCAGUGUUACACAGUAGUGAGGAAGACACUCAGCAUCCUACCCCGUGUGUCGGGAGGACUGAGCAGGACUCAGAGUCCCAUCACGGUGCCUCUACCUCACUCACUGAUACAUGGGAGACACAAUGACCAGAAGAUCCUAGAAUUCACCAACAAGAUCAUUCAGCUGCUGACUGGAGAGGAGGGGGAGUAUAUAGAGGAACACAGGGGUCUGUACAAGGACGUGAUGAUGGAGAAUCACCAGCCCCUCACAUCACUGGAUGGGCCCAGUAACAGAGAUACCCCAGAGAGAUGUCCCCGUCCUCUAUAUUCCCAGGAUUGUACAGAGGAGAAUCACAGGAUCCCACAGGAGGAUCAGGGAGAAGGUCAGACUAAUAUUAAGGUAGAACCUAUAGAGAGAGAAGAAGAGACGUAUGUGACUGAUAUGAAGGUAGAAGAUACAGAGGGAGAAGAAGAGACGUAUGUGACUGAUAUGAAGGCAGAAGUUAUAGAGGGAGAAGAAGAGACGUAUGUGACUGAUAUGAAGGUAGAAGAUAUAGAGGGAGAAGAAGAGACAUAUGUGACUGAUAUGAAGACAGAAGAUAUAGAGGGAGAAGAGACGUAUGUGACUGAUAUGAAGGCAGAAGAUAUAGAGGGAGAAGAAGAGACGUAUGUGACUGAUAUGAAGGCAGAAGAUAUAGAGGGAGAAGAAGAGACGUAUAUGACUGAUAUGAAGGCAGAAGAUAUAGAGGGAGAAGAAGAGACGUAUGUGAUUGAUAUGAAGGCAGAAGAUAUAGAGGGAGAAGAAGACAUAUAUGUGAUUGAUAUGAAGGCAGAAGAUAUAGAGGGAGAAGAAGAGACGUAUGUGACUGAUAUGAAGGCAGAAGUUAUAGAGGGAGAAGAAGAGACGUAUGUGACUGAUAUGAAGUUAGAAGAUAUAGAGGGAGAAGAAGAGACAUAUGUGACUGAUAUGAAGACAGAAGAUAUAGAGGGAGAAGAGACGUAUGUGACUGAUAUGAAGGCAGAAGAUAUAGAGGGAGAAGAAGAGACGUAUGUGACUGAUAUGAAGGCAGAAGAUACAGAGGGAGAAGAAGAGAUGUAUGUGAGGGGUGAUCAGCAGUGUAAGGAGGAGGAAAUCCCAACAGAUAUCCGUACAGAUGGAGGUAACAGCAGGAAGAUCUCGGAAGAAUGUCUCAUGUUAUCUCAAGACUUUAAAAUAGAAGAUGACAUCAGACUGGAUUCUCCAGGAGGAAACCCGUUUACCCCAAAUCUACCUCUAGCAUGUCGCAGUACAGAUAUGUCAUCUCAACCCUCUGACCAUGAGCAAUGUUCUCCUGAUUGCUCAGAUACUGUUACACAUAGUACAGCUUUUACAGUAGCCACAAGGUGUCCGUGUACUAUGGAUGGCAGUUUUUUUACACAGGAAACAAAUCUUAUUACUAAUCAGCCAACUAAGGCUAGUGAAAAAACAUUUUCGUGUUCUGAGUGUGGGAAAUGUUUUACAUAUAAAUCACAUCUUGUUAGACAUGAGAGAUGUCACACAGGAGAGAAGCCAUUUCCAUGUUCUGAGUGUGGGAAAUGUUUUACACAGAAAUCAGAUCUUGUAACACAUCAGAGACACCACACAGGUGAGCGACCAUUUGCAUGCUCCGAGUGUGGGAAAAGUUUUGCUAAUAAAUCCAUUCUUCUUACACAUCAGAUAUGUCACACAGGUGAGAAACCGUUUGCAUGUUCAGAGUGUGGGAAAUGUUUUACACGCAAAUCACAUCUUCUUAUACAUGAGAAAAGACACACAGGUGAGAAGCCGUUUCCAUGCUCUGAGUGUGGGAAAUGGUUUACAAAUAAAUCACAGCUUGUUACACAUCAGAGAAUUCACACAGGUAGGAAACCAUUUCCAUGCUCUGAGUGUGAGAAAUGUUUUGAAUACAAGUCACUUCUUGUUAUACAUCAGAGGCGUCACACAGGUGAGAAGCCGUUUCCAUGUUCUUAUUGUGGGAAAUGUUUUACACAGAAAUCAGAUCUUGUUACACAUCAGAGACAACACACAGGGGAGAGACCCUUUGCAUGCAGUGAGUGUGGGAAAUGUUUUGCUAAUAAAUCAGUUCUUGUUACACAUCAGAGAAGUCACACAGGCGAGAAGCCAUUUGCAUGCUUUGAGUGUGGGAAAUGUUUUACACAGAAACCAGAUCUUACUACACACCAGAGACAUCACACAGGUGAGAAGCCAUUUGCAUGCUCUGAGUGUGGGAAAUGUUUCCCCAAAAGAUCAUAUCUUAAUAAACAUCAGAGAUGUCACACAGGUGAGAGGCCAUUUCCAUGCUUUGAGUGUGGGAAAUGUUUUACAGAUAAAUCAGCUCUUGUUAGACAUCAGAGAACUCAUACAGGGAAGGAGAAAUCUUCUGAUUUAUGGAAAUGAUUAAAGUCACAUUUUGUUAAAUAAUUAUUUAUGAAAAUAUAUCCAUGUCAAACUUUGUAAU